AUGGUCCCCGCUGGCAGUGUGCUGCCCUGGGCCCUGCUGCUGAUUCUGGGGGCCCAGGUGGCGGGAGCCCAAGGCCAAACCCAAACUCCCUGGAGACUGCAGCGCCGGCGCGUCAGUUUCCACUCAGAGAGCGCUAUGCCUAGCAGCUCCCAGACCACUAGCCAGACCUUCAGAUCCCAGAAGAUGCUAACUUUGGAGGAUGAGAAUGACGCUGCAGCUACCGCUGAUCAGUUGGCUAGCCCAGCUGCCUCUGAGCUCCUGGCUUCCUCGGUGGCCACAGGUAUCAGCCACCCCUCUUCUGGGGAAGAGGAAGGAGUUUUGGAAGAUGAUGUUUUGAUUAAUGCCAGGAAGAAUAGCAGCCUGGAGACUCCCAGCACACUAUUUCCAGCUAAUUCCCAAGAUCGAGAAAUCAGGCUGACUACAAGGCUGAUGCCCUCCAGUAGGUCAAGCAACGACCAAGUAGGCUCCGAGCUCAUUCAGAGCCAGUUGACACCUGGGUCCACCCCGAGCAGGUGGCCGCCACCCUCUCCCAAAGCCAUGCCGCCUAUGGAUGACAUACACUUGGUGAUGAUGCCCUGGGGCCCAUGGCGCUGUCACUGCAGGGGUGGCACUAUGAGUCGGUACCGGGGCGCAAAGUUAGUGGACUUUUCCGGGCGCCUCCGACCGGGAGCGCUUAGCCAAGUCCGCACAGAACAUCGACCUUGCACCUAUAAGCAAUGUCCCUGUAACAGGAAUCUGGAAGAGUGCCCCCUGGACACAAGUCUUUGUGAAGACUGCUCCCCUCAGUCCAGGACUACUAGUCACCUCCACAGCCCCAGUUCGGAGUCUGGCUCCAGCUUCAGGCCCAGCCCCAUCCCCAUCUCCAGCUUCAGGCCCAGCCCCAGCCCCAGCCCUGCUCUUGCUUUUUGGAAACAAGUCAGGAUUAGACUGGAGGAUAUUUGGAACAACCUCUCUUCAAUUUUCACAGAGAUGCAACCAAUAGAGAAAAAUCAAAGGUAA